AAACCGGACAGGAUUCAUGGUGAAUUUGUUAAAUACUGAAAGAGGCGAAGAGAAAUAGGGUGAGGUUACAAGCAGGUAUAAAUACAGAAGCAGAAGCCGAAAAGAAACAAACAAUGAAAAGUGGAGUAGGUAUGCAUACAAAGAAAGCAUACCAAACAAAUAAAUAAAGAAAAAUGAUUUGAAACGUGUUACGAUAUCAACCAGAUAUAUCAAAGUAAUAAUUUUCUUUCUCGAAAGUUUUAGAACGUAUAUUAUAGCAGUUGAACUUUCAUGAUAUAUCCACCAUGAGUGACUUUGAUAAUUUAAACAAACUCGACAACUUUAAAAUUGAAACUAUACAAGAUAUCAUUAAAAAAAGAUUUGAGGAUGACAUAAUAUACACAAACUGCGGAAGAAUACUCAUUUCUCUGAAUCCUUUCAAGAAUCUUGCGAUAUAUGAUAAAGAACAUCUGGAAAAAUACCAUGACAAUAUCGAAGAUGAAUAUCUACAGCCACAUGUGUACCAGCUGGCUGAGAAUGCUUAUCAAAACAUGCUGGAAGGAGAUAAAAACCAAGGUAUCCUUAUCAGUGGCGAGUCAGGUGCUGGAAAGACCGAGAUCUCUAAACAUAUCUUAAAGAAAAUCAUAUAUAAAAGAAAUCAGAAGAAGGGCAAUUUGGAAGAAAAAGUCAAUAAGACAAAUGAUAUCUUGGAAUCGUUUGGCAAUGCAAAAACAAUACUGAAUUGGAAUUCCAGCCGAUUUGGGAAAUUGACUGAAAUAUUCUUCGACGAACGUGGAAAAGUCAAACGAGCCGUCAUUUGCGAGUAUAUGUUGGAAAAAAGCCGGCUGAUUAAACAAAAUCAAAAUGAGAGUAAUUUUCACAUAUUUUAUGCCUUUUUGAAAGAAGAUUUAUCGCGAUACAAAAUUACAAAAGAAACAGAUUACAGAAUAUUUUCAUAUCCUCAUCCACAUGAUCAACCAACGACUUACAAGAACAUCAUCAAAAUUUUAAAGGAUUUAAAUUUCGAGAAAGAGGAUAUUAAGCGAAUAGAGAAAUCACUGGCAGCUAUUAUUCACGUCACAUCAAUAAACUUUGAAGACGACAAUGGAAAAAUUCAGAUAACCACGGAAGACGCUGUUGCGAACGUGGCUGAAUUAAUGGGUCUGGAUUUAACUGAACUUAUGAAUGUGCUUCUGGAAAAGAAAUUGAUGGCACCAGAUGAUAUUGUGAGCACCAUCAAGAGCAAAAAACAAGCAGAAGAAGAAAGAGAUGCAUUUGCUAAAUCUUUAUAUUCUCGGCUAUUUGCAUGGAUUAUUGCCAAGAUGAAUUCAUCCCUUUCAAGUUCUGAUAUGAGAGGCAGUGAGAAUUCAAUUAGCAUUUUGGAUAUGUCAGGAUUUGAAAGUCUAGAAAGAAACAGUUUUGAACAGUUUGUCAUAAAUUUCACAAAUGAAAAAUUACAGAGUUACCUUGAAAAACACAUUUUUACAAUGGAAAUGGAACUCUACAAAGAGGAAGGAAUCCAGUUAUUGUAUAAGAAUGACAAAUUUACAGGCAAUGAAGAGAUACUGAAUAUGUUUGAAAAGUCACCGUCAUUGCUUUUAAUAAUUGAUGAACAAACGCACUUCCCAGAGUCCAACAGUGAUACUUUGUUCACAAAGUUAAACAAAACAUUUGGAAACCAGAAAUACUAUGAAAAGAAGGAUGUCACCGGAUUUUUUGCCAUUCACCAUUUUGCUGGAAAGGUGACUUAUGAAAUUGAUUCUUUUCUCAUAAAAAAUAGAGAUGAAAUUUGUAACGAUUUGAUAAUGUGUGCAAAAGGCAGUAGCGAUGAAUUCUUUUCCAGACUUUUCAGAGCUCAGAGAGAUAUAACAGGAUCAAUAGGAACGGAUCCAACUACUCUAGGCACAUACAAAUCUGGACUAAACAGGAAAAAACUAUAUGGUAUGAUGGACGGAAAACCUACACAAAGCCUCAACGUAUCCAGACUUGGAGAAAAACGAACAAAAACUGUUAUAUCUUAUAUGAAGGUUUCAUUGUUCAUGCUUGUCCAAAAGCUUAAUGCUUCAGAACUUCAUUUCAUCCGGUGCAUUCGACCGAACUCAUCGAAAGAGAAUAAUGUUUUUGAAAGAGCUCUUGUUGAAAAGCAACUUUAUUACACAGGAAUCGCAGACGCUGCCGAAAUAUUUCAAACCGGAUAUCCAUUCAGAAAAACAUACAGUGACUUUAUUAAUACGUAUACCGUGUUUUCCAAAGAUUGUAAAUCGAUAACUGAAAAGGAAAAAGUUGAAGAAAUGCUUGAAAAGGCAAACAUUAAUCCUAGUGAUUACUGUUUAGGAAAGAAUAUGAUAUUUAUGAAAGAUUCUGUGCAUUUUACCUUAAGAAAAGAGCAGAAAGCGCAUCAAGAAGUGAUGGCAUCUGAAAUACAAGCGGAGGACAACGAAAGUGAUGGAUCUUCAGUUAUGAGUGAUACUAUCAACGAUACACGUGAACCAUCAAUAGAUAUGUCUAUUAAUAUCCCCGUAACAAAAGAAGAAGAUUUUGAUGACGAAAGUGACUACGUCGAUUCUCAUUUCGCAAUAGAGGGACUGAAAGGAUCACUAAGGAGAAGAAAAGGCUCCAAAGCUUCUUUUGAUCGAACUAUUUCACUGUCAGAUCUUAAAGGCGAUUUUGGAUUAAAAGAUUAUAGAAAACCUUCUUUUGUGAGUGAUCUCAGCUAUAUUGAGGAUGAGGAGGAUGAGGACGAACCGGAGGAAGAGAAACCUGAAUGGGAUCAUUUUGAAAUGUUCCAAGAAGAUCCAAAAAGGGGCGAGUUGCAACAUUCGAACUUCAUGAUCUACCUCAAAUUGUUUCUUUACCUUCUAUUUUUUCUUGCAAUACUCGCUUCCUCAGUAAUACAGAAGCUGACAUUACAUAUGAUGACCAAACUUUAUGCAUAUGAGAGUGGAAAAGAAAACAUGGGGUAUACGUUACUUUCAAUUGCAAUUUGCAUACCAUAUGGAAUUGGUUUACUCUUUUCCUUUCACAAAUUUGCUUUCAAUUCUGAGAAAAAAUCUACAUUUUCAGUCAUAAUGAUGGCUCUAAUCCCGGAAACGUUUCAUUCCAUUGGACUUUGUAUUUUCCUUUUUUAUAUAUCCUCAAAAUUGGAUAUUCUGUGCCAAAUUGUAUUGCUAAAUAGUAUAGGAAUAAUACCAAGCCUAUCCAAAAUGUUAUUCACUAAACGCAGCAAAGAAGCAACUACACGAUACGCAUCAGGAUUGAAAGAUUGCUUUACGUUCAUCUUUCAUGCUGGUGCAAUGGCAGUCUUGCUAUUUUUCAAUGAAGAUUUGUUCCCGACUGAAAAAAUUAUAACUUAUAUCUGCCUCGUUUUUGUAUCAAUAAAUUCAUGGGAAAAUUUCUAUGAGAAAUGCUCUUUCUCGAUGAAAUUAAACAAGAAUCUUGAAACAAUGAUAUCGAUAUUGUACAAAAGAAAGGGUCUCGCAAACACUAUCGUGUACAUCUGGAAAAUUCUGCUUACAUUACUUGUGGGAUAUCUUUUAAAAUUCCACGACUUUGGUUCCAAUUUCCAAGAUUUAGACCAAGGAAAAUGGCUCCUCAUUUCACCUAAGCUGGCCAUAAUUUUACUGACUUGUUGCACUGCACUUGGCUACUACAUUUCAUACCUGGCAUGUAGAUUACGCAUGCAACGAUUCUCCUUUUCUCUGCCAUUACUGCUAUCGACUCCUGCAUCAGUGGCAGCAUAUUUUGUUUUGGAUUCACAGGACGAAACUGUUGUAUAUGAUUAUUCAAAGUUUUUCACAAUGAACAAGAUUAUUGUGAUGGGCUGUGGAGCUAUGCUUUAUAUAACUUUUCAAAUUAUUGUUUCUUAUAUUUGGUAUCCUAAAAAUUCCCGUCUUGAACGUCACGAAAAGUUAUUUGUGUCUCCCACCUACUGCUCAGUGUUUUACGAACAAACCUUACUACUUGAUCGCAAACGCUCUAACACAUCACAGGAAGAGGAAGAAAGAAUUGAUGUUGAAAAUGAAGGUUCAGACAGGAGUGAAGGAAGAACAAGAAAUAUGGAGAAAGUCUAUCCAAGGAUUUAUGCGUGCGCUACUAUGUGGCAUGAAAAUGAAAAUGAAAUAAUGCAGUUACUGAAAUCUAUAUUCAGAAUGGCAAUUGAACAAACCUUGGUAACCGACAUAAAAAUGGCGACCGAAGGCGUUGGCUCAUCAAGAGAAUAUGAUGACUAUUAUGAUUUUGAAGCUCAUAUUUUCUUUGAUGAUGCUAUGGAGCUAAAUGAUUUUGAAGAUGUUUGCCUAAACAAAUAUGUUAAAACUCUCGUCACCACAAUUGACAAAGCAGCCAGCUCUGUGAUGAAAUCCCCAACAACAGUGCAUCCACCAUGUAAAAUUAUCACACCAUAUGGCGGCCAACUAUUAUGGCAAAUACAAGAAAAUGUCCUACUCUUCGUACAUUUAAAAGAUAAGAAAAAAAUUCGAAACAAGAAAAGAUGGUCUCAGGUUAUGUAUAUGUACUACUUGCUUGCUCAUAGACUCCCCAUGUUGGCCGAUGAAAGGGUAAAUUUGGUAUUAAACGCAAGGCCUUUUGAGUUUGACCUCGACAAAAUAAGAACCGAAGAAAUAAUGAAAAUUGCCAAGAAGACAUACAUUUUGGCUCUUGAUGGUGAUGUUGAUUUUCAACCUGAUGCAGUUGAAAAGCUGUUGGAUCUUAUGAAAAAUGAUAAAAAAUUAGGAGCUGCAUGUGGACGAAUCCAUCCAAUGGGGAAAGGUCCAAUGAUAUGGUUUCAAAUUUUUGAGUAUGCCAUUGGCCAUUGGUAUCAGAAGGCAACAGAACAUGUGCUAGGCUGUGUUUUGUGCAGUCCCGGUUGUUUCAGUUUAUUCCGAGGUUCAGCUCUAAUGGAUAUGAAUGUUAUGCGAAAAUACACUAUCCUACCAACAGAACCGCAACAUCACUUACAGUUUGACCAAGGAGAAGAUCGAUGGUUGUGUACUCUCCUUCUUCAACAGGGCUAUAAGAUUGGUUAUUGCGCGGCCGCUGAUGCCUACACUUUUGCCCCAGAAACAUUCAAUGAAUUUUUCAACCAGCGUCGACGUUGGAUGCCUUCAACUAUUGCCAAUGUCUUAGAUCUUUUAGCCAGUUACAAACUAACUGUACAAAAAAAUGAUAAUGUGAGCAUUUGGUUCAUCUUGUAUCAGUUGUUCAUUAUGAUGUUAACAAUAAUUGGACCUGGGACCGUUAUGAUGAUGAUUGCAGUGUCACUUGAUUCUGUGUUUCAAAUAGGAAUACCAUUGUCCUAUUUACUGGUACUCAUACCGAAUAUUUUGUUUGGUCUAGCAUGCUUUUAUUUGAAAACUGAAACACAGCUGGUUUUAGCCUCUUUACAAAGUGCUAUUUACACUUUUAUUAUGUUAGCUGUAAUGGUUGGAGUCAUUAUCCAAGCUGCAGAAACAUCAGUUUUCAAUCCAGGAGUAAUCGUCAUACUGAGUAUGACCAUUCUUGUUACAUUAUCUGGUUUAUUACAUUUACAGGAACUCUACUGCUUAAUUUGUGGAAUCGUAUACUUUAUCUGUAUACCACUGGGAUAUUUAAUUCUAGUUAUUUACUCAAUGAGUAAUAUGCAUAUUGUAUCCUGGGGGACGAGAGAAAAAAAACUGUUAGCUACAACCGAAGAAAUUAAACCGAAUGCUAACGAAACUUCUGUAUCCUCAAAACUUAGCAAAAUGCUUGGAAUUUCAGAAUUGAUGUCGAUGGUUAAGAAUCUGUUCAAUAAGGAUAAGAAAGAAGAAGAUAACGCAAUGUUAACACUUUUACGGGAAAUGAAUGAAAACAUAAAAGCUCUUUCAGAUAGAACCUUGAAUGAAGCCAGCACAACGGAUUCAGUGGAGACAAUGGGAACAAUGGAGACAAUGGAUACAAUGGAGUCAAUGGAAACAAUGUCACUGACGAAAUCAAAAUCGAGAAGUUAUAGAAGUAUGAACAAAUCAAAAGUCAGAUUCUUCGAAGAGGAAGGAACAACACCAGAGAAGAAAGGUUCACCACAUUUUUGGAUGAAACAUUCGUGUCUCGGAAAUGGAUUGAGAGCAAAGCUUUCAAAGACAGAAAGUAAGUUUUGGAAGCAAUUCAUCACCAAAUAUCUUUAUCCUCUUGAGUUCACUAAAGAAGAAGAAGAAAGAGGAAAGGAGAAUUUGCUGUAUUUUCGUACAAGUUGUUGUCAUGCUAUGACUUUACUCAACCUAAUGUGGAUGGUUAUUAAUUUUAUGUUUCAAUACCGGAAGCCUUUUAUGUUUACUAUCCCAAGAGAAGAGGACGAUGUUAAAAUUGAACCAUUUUCUUUCCUGUUUCUUUCACUUUUUGCCUUUAUUUUUGCGCUUCAGUUUUUUGGAAUGAUUCUACAUAGGUUAGAGACAUUUUUUCACAUCAUAUCUUGCACUAACAUUAUUUCUGAACAAGCGGAUCCUCAUACGCCCCUUGAACUUAAUAAUAUUGACCAAAGAGAGGUAGUUAGAAAAAUGAGAUAUUCCCUUACAAAAAGUGUAAAAUCGACCCAGAAAUCUGCAUUUACCCGAAAGGUCUCUGAACGAAUACGAAAAAUGUCCACUCAUGGUGCAAUAACACUUCAUGAAACUUUAAGAAAGAGAAAUCUUGCUACUGUCAUCUCACCAGGAAAACAUAAGAACAGCAUUCCUUCCAUGGCAAUGUCUAAAAAAAUAGCAUUAUCAUAUAACAGCAGCGUGGACUAUAACGAAGAAAGUCAUUUAUAAUAUUGUUCGAGCAUAAUCUUAAAAACUAUCAAAAAAAAUUAACAAUUUUAGUUUAUAUUAUUAAUUGCUUUAUUCAUAAUACUAUAAAGCACAUGUUAUUUGUACCAAUGUUUGUUUAUUUUUAUUCAAGAUAUAAAUUCAAUCUCAUUAAUGUAAUUGACGUAAUAAAAUUAACUGAUAUUA